AUGGAUUCCGCCAAGGUCCCUGUUAAGCUUGUCAAGGUCACCCGCGUUUUGGGCCGAACUGGUUCUCGCGGUGGUGUCACCCAAGUCCGCGUCGAAUUCAUGGACGACCAGACCCGUUCCAUCAUCCGUAACGUCAAGGGACCCGUCCGCGAAGACGAUAUCCUCUGCCUCCUCGAAUCCGAGCGUGAGGCCCGUCGUCUCCGAUAA